AUGGAUUAUCUUCGUUCUAAUUUGCAUAAAAGUAGGGUUGUUUAUAUUGACAUAUACGCUCCCCUACUUGAUAUCAUUAUAAAUCCUAAAAAAUAUGGUUAUAAAGUUGCAGAUAGAGGUUGUUGUGGAACAGGCAAACUAGAAGUUUCAAUAUUAUGUAACCCUUUGACUCCCACUUGUGCUGAUAAUUCAGAAUAUGUGUUUUGGGAUAGCUAUCAUCCUACAGAAAAUGUAUACAGAAAGCUUCUGGCUGAAGUUCUUCCAAAAUAUGUGGAUCGCUUAAUUUGA